AUGGUCAUGCCAAAACUCGAAGACUUGGAGGACUGGGAGGCCAAUGCGAAUCUGCUCUCUAUGCCCGACGAUAUGCUGGGCGGAUGCUCAGUUGAAGUAUCCAAUGAAACACGUUUUCUUUAUGACAUCUUUGCACGCUAUCGCAGCGUCGUUGAUCGUGAUGUGACGCCAGACUCGCAUGCGUUCUUAGUGGAACGCGCAUUGUCGAAUCCAGCACUGCUUCACGGGGCACUUCUUUUAUCCGCAACAAGAUGGACCUGGUACUCUGGCUCCAUGGAGACUAUCCAGAAAUCAUUUUUGCAUCACAAGUUAGAGGCAAUCCAGAUAGUCAACGAUAGGCUUCAGGAUCCGAUGGAUAUGGGCAGCGACACAACCAUUACGAGUAUUGCUGCCCUUGCAAUGGCCGAGAGCGCUCUGGGACGUCAGGAAGUAGCGGACGCACACUUGAAUGGGUUGUCCAGAGUCCUUGCAAUGCGAGGCCCGGCUCCGAUCGGCCGUAAUCCCCUCCUCCAAAAUAUGAUACUUUCAACAAAUCAAGGCUUAUAUCACAUGUCAAUGAAAGAACUUGGCGAAACCAUUCAGUCUAUCGAGGGCUGUUAUAACACCCUUACCUUAUUCGUCGAUCCCGUCAUCGCCGAGUCUACCAAUAAUCCUGCAUUGAGCAACAAGACUGUUGGAGAGGUCAUGACUAGCAGAGCGUACAGCGAACAAACCGAGUGGACAGCACCACCGGCAGAGGCCAAAAGCCGUGCCCGCUUCAUGACCUGCUGUUUCAGGCUAUGGACCAUGCGAGGACCUGGAAGCUCGGAUAUGUUCUCUUUGAACUGGUUCAUGGAGGCUUUGAUUGAUGAGUGCUGUAUGACAGAACACGCUAUGUUGCGAAGGAAAUUCCCGCGGAACGCCUGGCUAUGGGCCGCGAUGAUGACCAGAUGCGCUGCUACCAGCGUGCAACCAAACUCCGCCUCGGAAGCACAACAAAUCGAGGAAUGGAAGAACAUCGCAUGCAGUAAGAUACGGUUGGUUAGCGAAGCAGCGAAUUUGCGGACCUGGGAAGAAGCCAGGGCCAUUAUGAGGUCAUGGGUGUGGAGGGAUAACCUUGUCGAUGAGCGACAAUUAAAGGAGAUGUGGGAAGGAGCUGUACUCGGCAAACGGACGUUCGAAGACGGGACAGUAUCACCAGCGUUUCUGGAUAAGCGCCUGUUCAUCCCCGCCGACGAGCUCAAGCCUGUAAUCUUGCAUCACGACUUGUUAUAA